UUGAUGUUGGAGCGCAGCGUGUCGUUGGCUCCAGCCCACGGAGGAGUGGGAGCCUCCACAGGCUCCCUCUGAUUGGCUCUCACACAGCUAACUCCAUUUUGGAAAACAGCUGUUUGGAGACGCACAACCUUUUGUCUUUUUCACACGGUAUCCCGAGAGAAACACCCGGGCUGUUAACACACAUUUGGUCUGCACUGCGCGUUUGUUUGAUUUACACCAGCCUGCCUCAGUUCCGACGCAGCUCGGCGCGCUUUCUGUCCGCCUGCCAGGAAACUUAACUGGGAUCCAUGGUGUUAAAUUUCCAUUGUAACAAGUGGAUAACAGGAGGCGACCCGACCAAGCCAUGUCCCAGGGGAGGAGAAAAAGGACGAGUUACAUUGAUUGGAGGGCACUCACAGGAAAUAGACUACAAAAUGUUGACGGUGUAAUGAGAGCGCUGGUCAUGGACAGAUGAUGGAUGUAGAGACGUCGUACUCGGACUUCAUCAACUGUGAUCGCACAGGCCGCAGGAACGCAGUGCCCGACAUCUCAGGGGAGGGGGCAGUAGUGGCCAGCACCAGUGAACUCACCAAAGAGCUCCAAGAGAUGGACCUGAAGGCUGCAGAAGGAGACCCAGGGGCCUCACCAGCCCCUGAGGCAGAGGGCUCCACCAGCCAAGAUGCCCAGGGAAGUGGAGGCCCGUCCUAAACUCGGCCAGAGGCCAAAAGGGGGGCAGAGCCGAGGAGGGCAAAGAAGAGAAGAAGCAGAUGAAAGAAGAGACUCGUGAGGAAAGGAAAGGUUAUAUCGGUUGUCCUAGGUGGACACGAGGACACCUUCGCUCACUGCAGGCCUGUUUGGAGCAUUAAUGACCUUGAAUGUUUGCCUUUUUAUUGGAUCAGAUUAUCACAGGUGGAACGGAACAGACUGCUGAGAUGCUGCUCUUUUGCUUCUCUGCAAGUCGUUUAUUUUCCUGAUGAGACAAGAAAGCACAGAAACUUUGGGUUGUCUGUUGAGACGGACUGAACUGAACUGCAUUCAUUUGUAACAACACUCAAAACAUUGUUCCAGCCUAAAAUGGAAGUGGCAUGGAGGGCGUAUUCAUAAUCAUCUGUUUGUCAUUUUCUUUCUGUGUGUGUGUUUGUGAACCUCUAGUUCAGUUUCACUGUCAAGUCUUUUCUUUUUUAGUAACAAACAUAGUCGCCAUUAUACUGUCGUGUACGGACUUCAUAUUUAUUGCUAAAUGUUCAGUGAUAACUUUGUGAUAGCAAAUUUUCUUUGUGUAAU